AUGCCAGCGCUUGCGAUAUGCAAUGCGAAGCUUCGGACUGUUCCCUGGAGUUGGAACAAUGCUUGCAAAGUGAGGGGUCGGCAGUGGGAAGCACCCGUUCCGGAUAUGGAUAGAUAUUUUAACCAAUGUUGGAUGCAGAGUUUUGGCUGGAAAAAUGUUUUUCUGCGUUCAUAUUCAUUUUUGUCUUGGCAAACAAGUGCUUCGCUCUCUGGUUUUGCGGUGCAAGUGUUCCUUGCCGCGGACGUGGUCAGGGGUCCCAGCGGGAGCCGGUUAGCGGCGUGGGGUCGAGGUUGUGCACCUGUCCGCAGCAACUCUCGUAUAUGUGCAUACCUAGGUUUCUUUGCAUGCAGUCUGGUGAAGCUGACCUUUCUUACCAGUACAGCAACAAUCGUGAUAUGCCAGGAUUUGCAUAGCAAGAGAAGUCUUUGGUUUUGUUAUAUUAUGCAUAUUUCGGGCGGACUAGGGCUUCCAAUUCUGUCAACGGUUUUGUCUUUUGCAUUGCUUGGUGGAAAUAGUUGCGCUGAAACAAAUUGUUGCGGUAUGGACGUAUGUGCUCGAAGAGGUUAG